AUGGAGUUUCAAGAGGAUCUGCCGAGCUCGCCGGGACAGCAUUCGCAGCCAACGAUGUGUAAACCCUACGUUCUGCACGAAACCCUAACUGGCCACAAGCGCUCCGUCUCCUCCGUCAAGAUCUCGCCCGACGGCUCCCUCAUCGCAUCCGCCUCUGCUGACAAAACGAUCCGCCUGUGGUCCACCUCCGAUUUCUCCCUCCGCGCUGAGCUCUCCGACCACGAGGAGGGCAUCUCCGACGUUUCAUUCUCCUCUGACUCGCGCUACGUCUGCUCCGCCUCUGACGAUCGCACCGUCCGCGUCUGGGACGUUCAAACCGGCUCGCGCAUAAAGACCUUCGUCGGCCACACUAACUAUGUCUUUUGUGCCUCCUUCAAUCCGCAAUCGAACAUGGUUGCCUCGGGGUCGUUCGAUGAGACCGUUCGCGUUUGGGACGUCAAAACGGGGAAAUGCCUGCGAGUGCUCCCUGCGCACUCCGACCCAGUAACGGCCGUCGACUUCAAUCGGGACGGGACCCUGAUUGUGUCUAGCAGCUACGAUGGUUUAUGCCGGGUGUGGGAUGCAUCAACGGGGCAAUGCAUGAAGACAAUAAUUGAUGAUGAGAACCCCCCGGUUGCCUUUGUGAAGUUUUCGCCGAAUGGAAAGUUUGUACUUACAGCGACACUCGACAGUACAAUAGUAAGUAUAUCCAUAUUGACCUAGUCUGUCUACUUCUCUGCAUACUUCUCCAGUAUUGAGUAUGAAAUUCAUUCUUAUUUGCCUAAAGCUCGUAUUUCUCUGUCGUAGUCGAAAUUCUUCCUCAAACAUUAUUUUCUCCUCGUUGUUUUGUCGGUAGCUGUAAAUAUUGAAUUCUCGAUAACUCUUGAGAGAGAGAGAAAUGGUUGAUUUCUUUGCUAGACUGGGACAGUGAAAUUUCAGGAAAGAGUGCACAGAAUGUACCUUAAUUUAGAAAUCCUCAGUAUUCAUACAGUGUUGGUUUAAGGAGGUCAGACCGCAUGCGUUCGUUGGGGUCCUUUCAUCCACCAAGCAUGCAACAUUGACGCUUCUAGACGCAUCUUGAUUCCUCAUAAAAAGCUGAAUCCAGUUUUUUUAACUAUUGUAGCAAACUGAGAGUUUGUCCUAAUAGUCUGAAGAUUAAACUGCAUGCUGCUCAUUGGUAACUCUGCAUGAGUGCCAAAGUCUUAGUUUUACUAUGCAUAAUGAAAUUCUGCGACGGUUUAAUUUCUUUGUCACCACAUUUGUAUAGGGGCGAAGGUAUAAAUGUUAUUUGUGUUUCUGAACUAUGCAUAAUUUUUGGCGUCAUACGUUUUCCUCCAAAAAUACAGUUCCAUUUUUUUUCUCAUUUCCUUUUGAUGAAUGCUUGUAAAGUCCCACUUCUUUUUUUAGCAGUGGCCUUUACUAUGGGAGGAAGAGCCUUAAAAACGUUGGUCUUAGAUCUCGAUUCCAUGCUGAACCUACAUAAUUUCUCUGUCCAUCCACUACAGUGAUUACUUGGUGACUAAACAUGAUUGUUGUUGCGAUAUGGGCUUAAGGGGCAAACCCAAAACUCGAGCCAGCUUGUGCGUAUGCCUUUUAUUAAGGUUUUUUCAAGUUUAUCCUUCACAUUUUAAAACCCAGAGUAAAGGAUAUUUUUUAGUCUUCCCGCAAUUUUAGGGUUUUUUUAAGUAGCUAAAUUUCAGCGGAUGCUUGAGACAUCUAUACUAUCAUUAGACUCGGAGUUCAUUUUUCAUUUCUUACCAGAAAUCUAGAGUUGUUAGUUGAAAGGUUUGUCUUUGGGUUUGAUGUUAAAAGUUUUGAGCUUAGGUAACACCUCAGGAAGUUUAUACAUCAGCUGUCCAAAUAGGUUGGGCUGAAAGUUUUCUUUUUUUAGAUUCUUGUGAAAAAUAUUUCUCUUUUAAAAUGGACCUUCCUUAUCUGUUAUGGACAAUGUGUAAAUCAAAAUGUUUAGUGAUUUAACUGAGGGACAAGGGAUUGCUUGUUAUAAACACUGUUAGAGAAUGAAGCAGAGAGUUUUUUCUAUUCUUGGUAUGGGAAAAAGGUAAAAUGACAAUUGGUUGGCUGGCCAGUAGAACUUGUUACUAAUUGUUACCUAAGUAGAAUUUGUUUGCUAGUUAGUUCGACUAUUUCCAUCCUGCAUCACCUUGCUCAUGUUUUCAUGGACACACUACUAGUAUGCUACUCCUUUAUCAUCAUAGUUCGGGUUGCUUUAUCAUAAUAGACAUAUACGUUUGCCAUCGUAAUUUUUUCAUAUAUGAAUUCUUAAACAACGUUAAUAUAUAAAUAUAUAUAGAUAUAUAUAUAUAUAUAUAUAUUCAUCGGCUGCAAAGUGAUUGGAAGACUGAACUCUUGGGAAACCAACACUGAUUUUUGCUUCAGGAUAUAUGAAUUAAGCUAAGUUUAGCAGCCAACACAAUAAAGCAUAAUUGUCUGAGAUGCUUUGACCAUGUUGUUAAUUAACUUCAUGGUCAUCAUUGCCAUGCUUUUAUGUUGACAGUCAAAUGCUUAGUCAUCAUUUCCUCGCCACUAAUAUCAACCCUCUCCAUGUCAACAUUGAGCCGGCCUGCUGAGCUUAAUUGCAUUUUAGGCAAGAUUGAUGCAUCAUCUUGCAAUGCCUUACUAAGAUUUUCUCCUGCAAAUUGGUAAUUCCCCUGUUUUAUUUUCUGUGGUAUAAUCCAAUUUUCAUUCCAACAGAGGACUAUACAGGACACAGCGAAGGAUACAUAUCAUCACCGGCAGAAAUUAUCCAUUAGCCAUUUUGUUAAUCAGGAACUCUAUUCUCAAUGGGGGGGUAACGAAAUGAGCUUGUGCUCGUUCUUCUUCUCCCAUUUUGAAUUUUGAGAGAAAAUCGGCCGAAAAUAGGAAAGGUUUUUGGAUAAAAGAAGGUGGGGAUUACCUAACCUUGGUUACUAUCUCAUUGCUUCCAUCUUGUCCAUUUAUGCCCGAUCUCACUCGAUUUCAGCUUUUGUAACAGCUGGUAUUUAGUCCACUUCUAACCGGCUGAUUAAAUCUUGGGAAAAAAGCUCUGUCGAUUCUGCAAUCCAGCCCUAAUGGUCGAUUAAAUUCUUCUUGUCCUAGCCGACGGGCGAAUCUUUUAUGCCGGUUAUUCCCCAACAUUUUAUGUGCCACCUUCGUUGACUUUUUAUAUAUCAUGUAUGUCAUCUCAGCAUAUAUGAUUUUAUUUCGCUUCAUCCAUCACAGGAAAGCAAUGGUAGAACCCGACUGCCCAUCACAUUCACCAAGCUUUUUUUCCCAUCCAAGAUUUAUUUAUUUAUUUAUUUAUUUAUUUAUUUUUCUGAAUGUUCUUAUGAUAUCGUCUUAAAGUGAAGCUCCCCUAGAAGAUUAUUGCCAAGAAUAGCACAUUGUUCAUGUCGAUUUCCUGACGGCUGCAAUCUCCUCCUCGGUUGAGAUUUCUUCUCACGUCGAUUGACACACCUACCGGGCGCCUGUUGCAGAGACUUUGGAACUUCUCGACGGGGAAGUUCCUGAAGACGUACACGGGUCACGUGAACACCAAGUUCUGCAUCCCCGCCGUGUUCUCGGUGACGAACGGCAAGUACGUGGUCAGCGGCUCGGAGGAUAACUGCGUCUAUCUGUGGGAUCUCCAGUCCCGGAAGGUGGCCCAGAAGCUGGAAGGCCACGUGGACACCGUCGUCGCCGUCGCCUGCCACCCCACCCGCAACAUGAUCGUCUCCGGCGCCCUAGAGAACGACAGAUCCGUCAAGGUCUGGGUCCAGUCAGAGGCUGCGGCCCAGAAGGAGAGUUGA